AGCUAAAAGCGGCUAUUUCAAUUACUCGACAGAAAAGAGGCUCAAAACAAUAACAACACACGUUUUAACGAACUCACGUGUACUGCUUUGGCGUGUAGAAAUUACAACGCAGCACUUGUUGGCUGUUAAAGCUAUUUUAGCACUGCUCUGCAAAUGUCAACACCCUGAGCUCGAUCCCUAGUAAACUUUUGCUAACAUGCUAAGUUAACCUAACGUUAGCUGAUGUUGACUAACGUUAAAGCUUUCGGGACGUGUUUGCAAGUUUCAUUAUUCUACUUAACGGUUAAGUUUCAAACGCGUUAUUAACGGUAAAAUAACGCAGGCUGCAUGUUGUCGUUAUGGAAAACAAGGAGCUGAGUCUUAUUGACCAGAAUAUAACAAGUUUGCUAGAUGUCCCCCUGAGUCCCACUGUAACAUCCCUCAAUCUACACUGCAAUCACAUCUCGGGGAUCCAGGGCCUGACCUCGGCGGGGAACCUACGGCACUUGGACCUUUCCUCCAAUUGCAUUUCUAAAAUUGAGGGUCUUAGUUCCCUCACUUCUUUGAGGACGUUGAAUUUAUCCUGUAACCUAAUCACAAAGGUUGAAGGACUAAAUGGCCUUGUGAACCUAACCAGAUUAAAUUUGUCCUACAAUCGGAUAAACAACGUCACUGGCUUGUUGUAUCUUCAUGGCACGGAAUACAAGCUGAAGCACCUCAGUCUCCAUGGCAACCAUCUGGACAACAUCGACCACCUCCUGCAGUGCCUGCUUGGAUUGCAAAGUUUAAGAGAGGUCACUUUGAGCCAGAAUGGCAGCGACAACGCUGUAUGUCGGUCACCGGGUUACAGAGAGAUUAUUUUUCAGUCGUUGCCUCAGACCUCUGCUCUAGAUGGUUUCGACAGGCUGGGAAAUCCAUCACAUCCAGGUUUAGGGAGUCCCUGUGAUGUCCCCGGUCUGGAGGAUUAUGUGGACCUCCUGCUGUCAACGGAUACGAGUCACAACGAAGCGGUUAGAGAAGAUGCUGCUCUCACCACACCCCGCAUCGAUGAGGUUCUGACCCACUUUCGUCAGCGGAUUGCCUCCGAAGUGAUCACAGAUCCAGGUGUACAGGUCCGCUCCACUGUCACCGAUCCAGCAGACCCAGCGAAUGAACAACGCAUAAGGAAACUGGAGCACCAGGUGUCCCGGCUCAUCCAGAAGGCCCCUGACAGUGACAAAUCCACACGCCCUGCUCAUCCGGUGAUACGGAAAGCCAAGAGGGACACUGACCGCACGUCAGAGAGUGAGUGUGACAGCGGGAAGGAGAACAGGAGGCGCACCAGGAUCCCCAAACAUCGUAACAGCACAACAUCAAAGACGACCCCCAAGAAGAUAAAGGGCCGGAGGUCUGACAGCGAGAGUUCAAAGUGUGCGGAGGCACACAGGAGGCAGGCGGGGGGCGCAGUGGGUACGUCCUCAGCUGGGACGGCGAGGAGAGCACCUGCGAGAGCUGCCGAGGCCUCGGUCAGCAUGAAAACCACGUCCAGAGAGGAGGAGGAGACGUACAGGACUAUUGUGGAAGAGCGUGACCAGGAGAGGGAGAGGCGUUGGAAGGCUGAGCAGGCUGUUAGGAAACUAACGGAGGAUCUCAAGUGCCUGCAGACAAAGGUCAGCGAGGAAAAAGACCUGCAGAGCAUGGCCCUGCACACCACCGACAGACUGAAAGAUUUGCUGCUGAAGGAGCGAUCGGGUCGCUCUGAAUGGCAGACUCGCGUUGAGGAGCUGGAGGGGAGGUGUCGAGCCCUGACCCAGCAGCUGCAACAGGCCCGCAGCAGCGAAGAGCAACACAGGACUGCAGUGCGUGGGCUGGAGGAGAGCAUCUCCCACGGAGAGGCACUCAGGGCUCGCCAGCAGACUGAGGAGAUGAAGCGGCACCAGGAGCUGGAGAACAAGGCAACAGCUCUGAAGAGAGAGUCGGACAUACAGAGAGCCUCAGUGCGUCAGUACAAAGACAAAAUUCAGCAGUUGCAUGAACUGCUCGCCUCCAGAGAGCAGGAGCACAGGAAACAGCUAGAUUUGCGGUUGCAGCCUGGUGGGCCUGAUUUCAGAGAGGCGAUGGCGAAGGAGGUGGCCUCCGUGGAGCGGAGGCACGGCCACAAGGAGGUGGAGCUGCAGGAGAAACUGGCAGAGGGCCGGAAACAGUACGCCGCCCUGGAGGACGAGUUCCGCAUGGCGCUCACCAUCGAGGCUGCCCGCUUCUCCGAGGUAAAGGAGGCUUGUGAGCAGAUGACUGCAGAGUUGUUGGGUCUCAAGGCAAAUCUCGCUCAGACCCAGCAGAGGGAGAAGAAAUCAGGGUCCCUGGUGCAGGAGCUCACGGUCAUGGUCAAAGAACAGAAAAGCCGCAUCACUGAUCUCAUCAAAGCCAAGAGAGAGGCCGUCGCCGAUCUGAAGAACCGUCUGCGUUCCUUGGAAACAGAGGUGGCGCAGGACCAGCGUCUCGCUCUGCAGCUGGAGCUGCUGAAGAAGGACAAGGGUCGACUGUUGUCUCAGCUGACGGCUCAGGAGUCGGUGAUCGAUGGCCUUAGAGCAGAGAGGAGGAUCUGGGGACAGGAGCUCGCUCAACAAGGAGCAUCUUUGUCUCAGGAUCGUGGCCGCCUGGAGGCAAAGAUCGAGGUGCUGGCCGCUGAGCUGGAGUCUCAAAAGAAACGGAACGAGAGGGACAACGAUGCCCUCAAAAUCAAAACCAAAAUCAUCGAUGACCAGACGGAGACCAUCCGCAGACUCAAAGAGUCCCUGCAGGAGCGCGACAAUCAGAUCCGUAGGCUGAGCGAGGAGGCGGUCGGGGCCCAGAAGAGGUUCCAGCAGCAGCUGGAGGAGGAAACGGCUCAGCGGUCUGAGCUGAGGGAGCGGCUGGAGCAUCUGAGCCAGCGCAAGGAGGAGCUGAAACAACAGCUGGAGGACAAGGAGGCGGAGCUGGAGGAGAUCAGAAGAGUUUACAGUGAUUCCAGUAAGCAGUGGCAGGCAAAGGCAGACCUGCUGACUCGGCUGGAGAACCAGGUGAAGCGCAUGAAGGAAAACUUUGAUUCCAAGGAACGUCUCCUGCUGGAGGAAAGAGAUAAAGCAACAGAAGCGCACAAAGCCUCAGUGGAGAAGUUGCGCUGUGUGGAUGAUGCAUUUCGUCGACAGCUUGAGUCUGGCCAGGCCGCCCACCAAGCUGAGCUGCUUCGACUGGCGAAUGAGAAGCAGAAACAGAUUGAAAAAGCCAAUCAGAAGGUGUUUGAAGUGGAAGAGGAGAUGCGUCACUUAUUGGAGGAGACGGAAACCACCAAGAGAAUCAUGGAAGAGAAAAUGAGACGUCUCACAAGUGUACUAAAAGACUUUUAACAAAUUAAAUUGACUUUUUCAAACAUGUUUUAUGUUAAGUUAUUCUUGUAUUUUAGUGCAUCACAAGUUAUCUAAUAAAUGUCCUCUUGAGCGUAUCUUUUGUUGUUUCUUUAACUUUAUGUAAACUUGUGUUAAC